CCUCAGACUCGACCAGACGCGCGUAAAAUCCAUCCACUCAAAGCUUUCAAAAAAACUAACACCCCAAUAUAGAGUCAGUCAAAGCCAGUCAACGGAUCUAGAGGCUAGAGACGGAAGCACACUCGGUUCAGGAAACUACAUCGUGACGGUCGGAAUCGGGACGCCGAAACACGAUCUAUCUCUGGUCUUCGACACAGGCAGCGAUCUGACGUGGACUCAAUGCGAGCCAUGUGGUAAAAAUGGAACGUCUUGUUAUCCACAAGAGGAGCCCAUCUUUAACCCUUCUUCGUCUACUUCCUACUCCAACGUCUCGUGCUCAUCCCCUGUUUGCGAUUCUCUCACUUCCCAAGAAAGAAACAAUGGGAUAUCUUGACGAGGCCUUGUCGUAUUCCAACCCUUCUCAGUCUGUUGAAACUCCAUCGAGCGGUGGAGGUCUCAGCCAGAAUGGAAAAUUCAGCUAUGGAUAUGCAAGCUCGGCUGGGAAGAGAUCAUCUAUGGAAGACUUCUUUGAGACGAGGAUCGACGGUGUUGAUGGAGAAAUCGUUGGUCUUUUUGGAGUUUUUGAUGGCCAUGGUGGAGCCAGAGCAGCUGAGUAUGUGAAGCGUCAUCUUUUCAGUAAUCUCAUCACUCAUCCAAAGUUCAUCUCUGACACCAAAUCAGCUAUAACUGAUGCCUAUAACCAUACAGACUCUGAGCUUCUCAAGUCGGAAGAUAGCCACAAUAGAGAUGCUGGUUCGACUGCUUCCACGGCUAUUCUUCUUGGUGAUCGUUUACUUGUUGCAAAUGUUGGUGAUUCACGAGCUGUUAUCAGCAGAGCCGGAAAUGCCAUUGCUGUGUCAAGGGACCACAAACCAGACCAAAGUGAUGAGCGUGAAAGGAUUGAGAAUGCUGGUGGAUUUGUUAUGUGGGCAGGAACUUGGAGGGUUGGAGGAGUUCUUGCAGUCUCUCGUGCAUUUGGUGAUCGUCUUCUGAAGCAAUAUGUUGUUGCUGAUCCAGAGAUCCGGGAGGAAAGGAUUGAUGACUCUCUUGAGUUUCUGAUCCUAGCAAGUGACGGCCUAUGGGAUGUUUUCUCUAAUGAGGAAGCAGUUGCAAUGGUUAAGGAAGUUGAAGAUCCAGAGGACUCCGCGAAGAAACUUGUGGCUGAAGCAAUAAAGAGAGGGAGUAAAGACAACAUCACGUGUGUCAUCGUUCGUUUCCUGGAUACAGCUUCUUCAAGCCACGUCAGCUCCUCGUCAUCCAAUAAAAUGCCGCCACUUGGAGACCUCAAGAUCUCAUCCAAUGAAACUAAGCAAGUCCAGAUCGACGCAGAGAACUAGUAGGACGGUGAAUAAACCAUAGCGUAGCGAAUCUAAAACUAGUCCCUGCAAGCAGCUUAACCGACGAGGUGGGUGGCCGUUAAUGGUUUAGGGAAUAAACCAGAGAAGUCAGUGAACCGAUAACCACCGAUCCCUGCAAGUAGCUCAACCAUGCAGUGACCAUUAAAGGUUUGGUAUGAACUAUUUGAGUUUAUGAUUAUGUGUGUGUUUAUACGAGUACAAUAUAUAUACAUUUUCUAAAUAAAUUUAACUAUUAUCUU